AUGUCUAGGCUCAAAGAGGAUAUGAAGACCUACACAUUCAAGAUGGUGGUUCUUGGAUACUACUCUGUGGGCAAGAGCAGUCUGGUGCUGAAGUAUGUCAAGGGAGAGUUUAAUCCGAACGAGGAAAGCACGAUAGGUGCGUCUUUUCUGACAAAGACCGUGUUUACACAAGAGAGGGGCAUCAAGUUCGAGAUAUGGGACACUGCAGGCCAGGAGAGGUACAACAGCCUGAUCCCGAUGUACUAUCGCGGAGCGCAAGUUGCCCUGAUAGUCUACGACAUAACAUCUGUGGAGAGCUUUGAGACUGCAAAAAGAUGGGUCGAGGAGCUCGGCUUUGAGAAGCCAAGGGAGUUCAUCAAGGUUCUGGUUGGAAACAAGUCCGAUCUAGACAGUGACAGGAAAGUGGACUACCAGCAGGGAAAGGACUAUGCAGACAGCCAGGGCCUGCUGUUCUUUGAGUCAAGUGCAAAGACGGGUAAGAACAUAGCAGAGAUCUUCAGUGCAAUUGCAGAAAGGGUUCCUAAGGAAGAGACCAAGAAGAAAACAAAAGGAUUCAGGCUAAGAGACGACUAUAUAAAAUACCUUUGCUGCUGA